GCUCACCUCGAUUUACCGUCUCCCGUCUCUUCUCCUUAGACCCUGCUGUGGUGUAAGUGCCGAGGACGAUGGCCGUCCCGGAAACCCGCCCCAAUCACACCAUCUACAUCAACAACCUCAAUGAGAAGAUCAAGAAGGAUGAGCUGAAGAAAUCCUUGUACGCCAUCUUCUCCCAGUUUGGCCAGAUCCUGGAUAUCCUGGUGUCCCGGAGCCUGAAGAUGAGGGGACAAGCCUUUGUCAUCUUCAAGGAGAUCAGCAGCGCCACCAAUGCCUUGAGGUCCAUGCAGGGGUUCCCCUUCUACGACAAGCCGAUGAGGAUCCAGUAUGCCAAGUCAGACUCCGACAUCAUCUCAAAAAUGAAAGGCACCUACGUGGAGCGUGACCGCAAGCGGGAGAAGAGGAAGCCUAAAGGCCCUGAGACGCCCGUCGUCAAGAAACAAAUGCCUGGGGCAGCUGCUCCGGUGGCAGCUGCAGUGCAAGGAGCUGUCCCUGGAAUGCCGCCAAUGAACCAGGCCCCCCGCAUGAUGCACCACAUGGCAGGCCAGCCUCCAUACAUGCCCCCUCCGGGUAUGAUCCCCCCACCUGGCAUGACUCCUGGAGGAAUCGCGCCAGGGGCCAUGCCCCCUCAGCAGAUGAUGCCUGGCCAGAUGCCACCUACCCAGCCGCUCUCUGAGAACCCUCCCAAUCACAUCCUCUUCCUUACCAACCUGCCCGAGGAGACCAACGAGCUGAUGCUGUCCAUGCUCUUCAAUCAGUUCCCGGGGUUCAAGGAGGUGCGGCUGGUGCCUGGGCGGCACGACAUCGCUUUUGUGGAGUUUGAUAACGAGGUGCAGGCUGGAGCCGCCCGCGACGCCCUCCAGGGCUUCAAGAUCACACAGAGCAAUGCUAUGAAGAUUUCCUUUGCCAAGAAGUGAAGCCCCCCAACCCAGGCCCAGAACUGCCCCUCCCCACUGCCCCAGUUAGUGUCUGUUCUGAACCUGGUUCCCCCCUGUUUUUACCGGUUCCCCCCUGUUUUUACCAGUUCCCUGGAAGGUAAGUCCAUCCUCAGGGCCAGCUGGAUUUCCAGCCCCAAACUCCCCCAUUCCCCAGAGCCUUGUGAACUGCCGGCGGGGAAGCAUCCCCCCUGCACGCCACGCCACCUUGCUGCUCAGAGUGGGUAGGUGACUCUGGAGCGCCACCAGCUGGUGAUCCCUGUGUCUGCAACGAGCCUGGAGCUGGUUCGUGGUGGGAUGGUUGGUGUGGGGGUGGGGGUGGCUGGAGGCAGCUAAAACCCUUCUGAAGCAUUGUACCCAGAGUCUGCUGCUCAGACAUUGCACCUGGCGCUCUCUGUUCUGUAAUAAAAGCUCCUUUGUGACCUCCCUGUGA